UGUGCGUGAACCUGCGCCUAAACUCGCCUCCGACCCGGCAUCGCUUCUGCGUUAUGUUGUGCAACAGUUACAGGCCCUAACUGCCACUCUUGCGGAGCACUUAUUAUGAUGGCUGCCACAAUGGCCUCCAACCCGCCUUCAUAUGUAAUUCAAUGGAACUGUCGGGGUCUCGCUAACAAGGUUGGCGAGCUCCGAGAACGCAUUCGCUUGGGCUCACUUCGAGCUUGGGCGUUCCUCCUGCAGGAGCAGAACUCUCUUCCUCGAAUCUCGGGGUUUACUAGCUACGCAACACCUUCCAUCCCAGAUCGCCGUGCGUGCCUGUCGGGUGAUAAACCAGGCAAAGCAGCUAUAUAUGUUCGUACCUCCCUCGUUCAGACGGCUAUACCUAUGGUGACAUGGUGCACUGCGUGGCAAGAGGUCGUGGCUGUAAAGGUGCAACUCUCUCAGCGUGCUGUUCUGCUUGUGUCGUGUUAUGUGCGCCCUCACUCGGGACAGGCGCCCCGUCUUCGUCUAGGGUGGAUCACCUGGCUUCGUCGGCAUCAUCCUGGCUGUCCUAUUCUCAUCGUCGGUGAUUUCAAUGCUCCUCACCGUGAGUGGGGGUAGUGUGUGUCUAGUGAACGUGGACGUCUCCUCCUUGAUACUCUCACCCAGAACAACUUUAAUCUGAUUAAUGACGUAUCCAUGCCUACACGACGUUGCACCCACCCACGAAUGCCAGCGUAUUCACCGGACCUGGCCUGGUGGUUGGGCCAUCAGACAGUUACCUGGCAUCGGGAACCGGACUGCUGGGGGAGUGAUCACCAUCCCAUUCGGCUCGGCUUAGCCCCUCAGAAAACUGACCGCCUCCGUCGCCAAUGUAGGGUGAUCGAAUGGGACAAGUUUCGUGCUUCGUUAUGAAGGGACGCUCUUGCCCCUCUAUGCGACCCCAUCACAAUGUUACAAUCGGCAGCCAAAACGGCCACUUUAACGUCAUGGGUCGAGGAAUCUCAUCCGGCGCCAGAUCUUCGACUCCUGCAGCUUUGGGCACAGCGUCGCCAAGCAGAGCUUCAUGCCAGCCGACACCCAGAUUCCGUGGAGGCUCAACUCCGCCACCGUCAGCUGACAGCUGCAGCUAGACGCCACGAACGCCGCCUCUCACGUCAACGCUGGUUCAUCAUCAUCAUCAUCAGCCUGGUUACGCCCACUGCAGGGCAAAGGCCUCUCCCAUAUUUCUCCAACAACCCCGGUCAUGUACUAAUUGUGGCCAUGCCGUUCCUGCAAACUUCUUAAUCUCA